AUGUCACUCUUCGACAACCCUCGCGCGCGAAAUGGCGGAAAUUCUACCUCCUUCGUGUCCACGUCCAACACUGGUAUUAUGGACACUACAUUUGGUUCUACCACAGACGAAGAAGACGACGAUACAGAGCAACAAUAUCUCAACAAGAUGGUCGAUGACACCGAUAGGAAGGUCGAGACGGUAUUUGGCAAAGGCGUCGAUAUGUGGAAGUCUUUCAACGGUACUGUCUACGCGGACGUCAAUGAUGGGAUCAAGAGGCAGCGCCGCGAUGAAAAAACCUGGGGCAAGAAAAAGGGGAAGAGGAAGCGCGCUACAACAGAGAAAGAGAAGGGAGGAGGGCAACUGGAACAACGUUUCGAGUCACUGCGAGAUUUAGAGUCGAUAUCCGGCUCUGGGUCUACUUCUACGCCCAGUACGUACUCCGAUGACACCGUUUCUUAUCCUUCGCUACCGUUGAGUGAGGGAUAUCAGACAUUCUUUCCACGUACACCUACAGCCUCGGAGUGGGAGAUCUUCCCUGUGAGGCAAUCCCAAUACGACGAUUUCUCUGGCACGCCACUGGAAUACAAGUCUAUGAACAACUCUGAUCGGACUAGCAAGCCCCUCUCAUCAAACUCACCACGGCGUCAAAGCUUCCAGACUGCACGAACUACAAGUCACCAGUCUACAUCUCCACACUUGCAUCCAUCAAGCUCACAGCCACAAUCUAUUAUACCUUCGCCUCCUGCAGAUGUCUUCGGCAAUACGAUUGAUGGUACCCGCAGGAUUGUGUCCGGGUCUUUUGGUAGUUUCGACGGCGGACAAGUGGAUCGAUUUGUUGAGCGGAGGUAUAGGCUACUGCCAGAGCACAUGGGCAGAGCGGGAGGGCAGAGCGGCCAGGACGGAGACGGAGAUCGAGAUGGAGGGCCUGCCAAGCUCAAGGGUAGACCUUGGCUAAGGAAGGGAUAG